CCCUAUAGGGCUUGAUUUUUUUUUUUUAAUAUCUAACUUCCACAAUCUUGAUGAUCCCUCAAGAACAAUAUCUCUGGAAAAUCCUCUCAAUGAUUAGAUGAAUUUAAUUUCUUCAGAGUUUAACUCAUUUCGUUUUGAAUCUCAAAGUAAAUAUAUCCUUUCUUGUUUCCCAAGGAACACUUUUGAGAGCAAAUUCAAACAUGUAAAACAAGGAAAGAGUCAGAGGAAAAGGUGAAUUACAAAUGGACAAAGUCCAGGAACAAGCAGAGUUAAUCGAAAAGAAGCUAACUCCAUUUGUAGCUUCACAGCCAACAACCGUCGUCAUCGGUGGAGAAUCAACUGAUCAGAAAACCACCGGUGGAGGAUUAGCUGAUCAGAAAACGACCGGUGGUUCCCAGACGACACAACCUCCAACAACCUCACCUCCUUCUCCUCCAUCACCGGACAGUGGUGGUGGCGGUGGUUCACAAUCAUCUCCUCCGCCGGUGGUAACCGUUUCUCCACCACCGUCCAAUCAAUCUACUAAUACAACUUCACCUCCAACGCCUCCUUCCUCGCCUCCGCCUUCUAUAACUCCACCUCCGUCACCUCCUCAGCCUCAAACUCCGCCUCAAUCCACCUCAGCCGGAAACUCUCCCGUGGUGAUUCCUUCUCCAACGCCUCAAAUUCAACUUCCUCUAACUCCUCCCACCUUAGUUACUCAGCAACCUACUGUCAACGGCCUAGAACUACCCAACAACCCUAUUUUUAAUCCCUCUCCGCCUUCUACUCCUAUAUCGCCGCCGUCCACCGAAACUUCCGGUAGCCAAGGAUCUCCUCCAUCGCCUCCGGUUGUCCCUCUAACCCCUAGUGCACCAAGAAACCCUUCACAGCCGUUGGAUUCACCUCCGGCAGAAGGAGGAUCAAACCAUGUUCCCUCGUCGUCUCCUCCUUCCCUCUCCGGUUCCGAUAACAAUUCCGGAGGGUCUAAUAGACAUAAUGCGAACAGCAAUGGAAAUGGUGGUAGUGGACAACGAAACAAUGAUUCUAACUACACUGAGAAGACAAUGAUAGGCAUUGGGAUCGCAGGUGUCUUGGUCAUUAUAUUCGUUGCCGCCAUUUUCUUUAUUAGGAGGAAACAAAAUAAAUCUUCUUCACCUCGUUCUAACCAGAACUAUUUGCCUCCGGCUAAUGUGUCUGUUAAUACAGAUGGAUUCGUUAAUUACAGGCAAAAACCUGGAAACGGGAACAUCUCGGCGCAGAACUCUUCACCGGACACUAACAACAGUUUGGGGAAUCAAAAACCAGGAAGAUCAACAACACCUGACUCGGCAGUAUUAGGAAAUUCAAAGACCCUUUUCACCUUCGGGGAACUAAGCAAGAUAACAGAAGGGUUUUCCAAGAGAUUUGUCAUAGGAGAAGGUGGGUUCGGUUACGUCUACAAGGGUAUCAUUUGCGAUGGAAAGUCAAUCGCGAUCAAGCAGCUAAAGUCCAUCAGCGCGGAAGGAUAUAGAGAGUUCAAAGCUGAAGUAGAGAUCAUAAGCAGAGUGCACCAUAGGCACUUAGUGUCUCUCGUGGGUUAUUGCAUCUCUGAGCAACAUAGAUUCCUCAUCUAUGAGUUUGUCCCCAACAAUACUUUGGAUCACCAUUUACAUGGCAAAGACUUGCCGGUUUUGGAAUGGACUAAACGAGUCAAGAUUGCAGUUGGCGCAGCCAAAGGACUUGCUUAUCUACAUGAAGAUUGUCACCCGAAGAUUAUCCAUAGGGACAUCAAAUCAUCAAAUAUUCUGUUGGAUAAUGAAUUCGAAGCUCAGGUUGCAGAUUUUGGACUCGCCAGACUGAACGAUACUGCACAGUCCCACAUAUCGACACGAGUCAUGGGCACAUUUGGGUAUUUAGCGCCAGAAUAUGCAUCAAGCGGGAAAUUAACGGAUAGAUCAGAUGUGUUUUCAUUUGGAGUUGUGCUACUCGAACUCAUCACCGGUCGCAAACCUGUUGACACCUCUCAACCUUUGGGUGAAGAAAGUCUCGUUGAAUGGGCACGUCCGCGGUUUAUCGAGGCCAUUGAAAAAGGUGACAUCAGCGAAGUAGUGGAUCCACGGCUGGAAAAGCAUUACAUUGAAGGAGAAGUCUAUAGGAUGAUUGAAACUGCAGCGUCUUGUGUUAGACAUUCAGCUCUAAAACGACCUCGUAUGGUUCAGGUUGUAAGAGCUCUGGACACGAGAGACGACAUGUCGGAUCUGUCAAAUGGAGUCAAAGUAGGUCAAAGUACGGUCUAUAACUCUGGUCAAUACAGUAAUGAGAUUCGUAUGUUCAGAAGGGCCUCUGAAGACUCAACGGAUUACGGAUACGGUAGUAGUAACGGCUACUACACGAGCCAAGACUUCACAAGCCGUGAAUCUGAGAGAGCCUUUAACACAAGUCGCCGAACAAACUACUGAAUCAACUCGCCGGGGAGAUUAAAAAGGAACUAGUUGAUCGUUGUUUCUUUUCUUGGGUUCUUUUGGAACCUUUUAGAAAUUUUUGUGAAGGUCUU